AUGAAUUUCGCAGCUGGGUCAUCUUGUGGGAAGGAGCUGUUCUGUUAUUUUCAUGUGGGGGGGAAAUUUGUGACAAAUGGUGAAGGUGAAGUGAGAUAUAAUGGAGGUGGCGUGAGGUUAAGAAGCAUUAAGGAUGGGCUGACACUUGAUGAAUUGAGGCUAAUGAUAUCUGAGUGGAUUGGUGGCGAUGGAAGAAAUUAUGACAUUAAGUACACAGUGGCCUUUGAUGAGAAGACAUUGAUUGACCUUCAUGACAAUGCUGAAAUGUAUAACCUCUUUCAAUACAAUGGGAACAGCGGUCAUGUGUAUGUCGCCGAAAAAAGACAAGUGGGUCCCCAACCAAGGGACAAUGUAGAAAUAACAGAGAGAUUCAUGGGCAUGUCACAGCAAACUGAACUGGAUGCGUCUCCCAUUAGUUUGUGUUGUGAUUAUGGCUGGCUCAGUGAAGAAAAUGCUCGUGAAUGUGACAAUGAUGAAAUAAGUGGGCCCCCUAAUGUGGAUAAAUCUAUCGGAGCUGAAGAUACGGAUGGUAGUGAGAUGGUUCAUGCGGAAUGGAGGGGACUUUUAACAGGAGUGGGCCAACGUUUUCCUAGUGCAGAUGUAUUUCGGGUGUCUGUAUACAAGUUUGCACUUGCAAACAAGUUUGUGGCCAAGUAUAUGAGGAAUAGCAGGAAUUCAUGUCGAUAA